AUGAAGGGGUUCUUAAAAGGGUUGAGAUAUAUUGCUCGUAUCUUCGAGGAUGAGAAGGAACCAGAGAUACAGAUUGGAAACCCGACCGAUGUCAAACAUGUUGCUCAUAUAGGAUGGGAAGGGCCCUCUGCUACGACCCCAAGCUGGAUGCAUGAGUAUAAGUCUACAGAUGCAAAAGGAAGUUCCAACAAGAAAGAGAAGCAAAGGAACAAGGGGAGACGUAAAUCAUCUACAAACACAAACAACUCACCUGCAGAGUCUCCAUCAAGAGUGGGAGGGUCAACGAGGCCAUCAAAACGCAGCACGGGUAAGCAGAGAGAGCAGGGCACAGGUGCAGGGUUAGACUUAACUCAACAGAAAGAUCAGUCUGCGGGACAGAAACAAUCGAGGCAGAAAAAGUCAAAAGGAGCAAAGUCAAAAGAAACAGAUAUAUCCGUGCGGGGUGAUGGAAGUUCUACAGGAAGAUGA